UUGCACAAACACUCGCACGCGCAGGCUCGAACACAUCUACGUAGGCACACACAUAUACAGAUCCUCCUGCACGUUCUCUCUCAUACACACACAAACACACACGCACACACGCACGCACACUCACACACAGGGAGUCGCUGGCAGCUCCUGUCAGUGAGGUGAAGCUGUUCAAAGCUGUUUUUCCUGUUGAGAUCAGUGCAAGGUUUAACUCGGCAAAGCUGCCUCUGAGGUCACAUACGGGAGGAUCAGAGAAGAGAAAGUGAAGGAGGACAGAAGCAGACGAAGAGAAGAAGAGAAGAAGACCGAAGAGGAGAAAGAGCAGACUGAAGUUGCCUACCUACCCUCCUCUUUCACUUUGGGUCACGGAUUCCUCCAUUCUUCACUUUCUUUAAUCCCUCUCUUCUUCUGGAGAGGGGAAUUAUUUGCGUGUCACUCCAUUCAAAGGGACAACAGAGAGGUUGAGAGACCGAAAGAGAGAGAGAGAGAGUAGAGAGAGAGAGAGAGAGAGAGAAGAAAGCAAGAGUGCAAGAGCCUGAACAAGCGAAAGAGAGAGUUCACAUGACAUAAUCGGAGUGAAUGGGUUGCCAUGGUAACUGACACCGGCAGGCUGACCCUGAAGAAGUGGAUGUUGAAUGGGGAGAGGGACGCGGCGGAGGGCCACAGAGACUAACGGGGAGCCGGCGGAGGAGAGCGAGAGAGAGGGGAGUCAGGGAGGAGGAGUAGAGGCACCGAGGAGCGGAGGCAGCAGCCGGAGCAGCAGCAGCAGCAGGAGGUGGAGGAAGCGGGGGAGAAGGAGAGCAGAGCUCCAGAAUGGAGGACGGCUUUUCCAGCUACAGCAGCCUCUAUGACACCUCCUCCCUGCUGCAGUUCUGCAACGAUGACAGUGCCUCGGCGGCGAGCAGCAUGGAGGUGACGGACCGGCUGGCCUCCCUGGAGCAGCGCGUCCAGAUGCAGGAGGACGAGAUCCAGCUGCUCAAGUCGGCGCUGGCCGAUGUGGUCAGGAGGCUCAACGUCUCUGAGGAGCAGCAGGCCAUGCUCACCAGGAAGGGACCAACCAAAGACCCCGUGGGCUUGAGAAAGUCUACUUCAGCAGACAGUUAUACAGGGAAACCAGCUCGCCCAAUGAUGGCUGCCCUGCCCCUAAGGCCCACUGUCAACAACGGCACUGUACUACCAAAGAAAGGCAGCGGCACCCUCCCAUCCCCCUCAGGCUCCCGCAGGGACGCCCCAGCACCAGCGACCAAGAGCUCAACCACUCUCACCCACAAGCCUCCCAAAAGCACUGUGAAGAGGACCAGCUCUUCGGAGCACGUGGGCACCCAGGGCCGUAAGGAGAGUGCGGGCGACGCCAGGGGAAACCGCACGCGUGCCGGCUCCACCGGCAGCAACUCCAGUGGCAAGAAAGGCAGCGAGAGCAAAUUGAAGGAGCCAGUGUUCAACGCAGGGAUGCGACGUGUGACCCACUGCAAAGCACUUCAAAUCCCAUGCCAUCCCCAGGACCUGAGAGGAAAGAAGGAAGGGUAUGUCAAAAUGUAUUUGAAGGGACGGCCCAUCACCAUGUACAUGCCCAAAGACCUGGUGGACUCCUACUCGCUGGAGGCCAAGGCUGAGCUGCCACCCAGGAAGCUGAAACUGGAUUGGGUCUACGGCUACCGAGGACGGGACUGCCGCUCUAACCUGUACCUGCUGCCCACGGGAGAGACCGUCUACUUCAUUGCCUCCGUGGUGGUGCUCUACAACGUGGACGAACAGCUGCAGAGGCACUACACCGGCCACACGGACGACAUCAAGUGCCUGGCUGUCCAUCCUGAUAAAAUUACCAUAGCGACGGGUCAAGUGGCUGGCACUUCUUCAGAUGGCAAACAGUUGGCCCCUCAUGUGCGGGUUUGGGACUCUGUGAGCCUGAACACCCUCCACGUGCUGGGCACUGGAUUCUUUGACCGCGCCCUCGUCUGCCUGGCCUUUUCAAAAUCGAAUGGAGGCAGCACGCUAUGCGUGGUGGACGACUCGAACGAUCACGUACUCUCUGUGUGGGACUGGCAGAGAGAGGAGCGCUUGGCUGAGGUCAAGUGUUCCAACGAGUCUGUGUUCGCAGCAGACUUCCACCCCACUGACACAAACAUCAUUGUGACUUGUGGAAAAUCCCACCUGUAUUUCUGGACACUGGAGAGGGGAAUGCUUGUCAAAAAGCAAGGACUGUUUGAGAAACAAGAGAAGCCCAAGUUUGUCUUGUGUGUGACUUUUUCAGAAAAUGGCGACGCCAUAACAGGAGACUCCAGUGGAAAUAUACUUGUAUGGGGAAAAGGCACUAAUCGCAUUAGCCACGCCAUUCAGGGGGCACACGAGGGGAGCGUCUUCGCCCUGUGCAUGCUCCGCAACGGCACGCUGGUGUCUGGGGGGAAGGACCGCAGGCUCAUCUCCUGGGAUGGAAACUACCAGCAGAUUCAGGCGGUCGAGGUUCCUGAGGUGUAUGGCCCAGUCCGCACUAUUGCAGAAGGCCGGGGCGAGAGUGUCCUCAUAGGGACCACCAGAAACUACGUACUGCAAGGCAGCCUAGACGGCGAGUUCAUCCCCAUAACACAGGGCCACACGGACGAGCUGUGGGGUUUGGCAAUCCAUCCGCUGAAGCACCAGUUCCUCACCUGCGGCCAUGACAAGCAUGUGUGUCUGUGGGACUCGCUCUCCCACCAACCCGUCUGGACCAAGACCAUGGAGGUAGUGGACGCUGUCCAGUCCGCUGGAUUCCACCCAUCCGGUUCUGUGGUUGCCAUAGGAACGCAGACCGGCAGAUGGCUUGUCUUGGACACUGAGACCAAGGAUCUGGUAACGGUUCACACAGACGGGAAUGAGCAGCUGUCUGUAAUGCGAUUCUCACCUGAUGGUAAUUUUCUGGCCAUCGGAUCACACGACAACUAUAUCUACAUCUAUGCUGUAGCUGAGAAUGGAAAGAAGUACAGCCGCGUUGGGAAGUGCUCAGGUCACUCGAGCUUCAUCACACACCUGGAUUGGUCACUGGACUCGCAGUACCUCGUCUCCAACUCAGGAGACUAUGAGAUUCUAUACUGGAUUCCAUCUGUUUGCAAGCAGGUGGUGAGUGUGGAGACCACCCGGGACAUCCCAUGGGCCUCCUACACCUGCACGCUGGGCUUCCUCGUCUUCGGACUUUGGCCUGAGGGCUCGGACGGCACAGACAUCAACGCCGUCUGCAAGUCUCAUGAGGGCAGGCUGCUCGUUACCGGGGACGAUUUUGGGAAAGUCCACCUCUUCGCCUUUCCCUGCUCACAGUUUCGGGCACCAAGUCAUGUCUACGGUGGGCACAGCAGUCACGUGACCAACGUCACCUUCCUGUUUGAUGACAGUCACCUGGUGUCGACUGGUGGGAAGGACAUGAGCAUCAUGCAGUGGCGGGUCGUGUAAGGCUGAGCCUUCCGCCAAUCAACGUGCACGUACAGAAUGACCCCAGGAGGACAGCAGAGAGGGGGCCCCAGGACUUUUCAAGAAAUUUCUCCCGCGCAUGGAUCAAUGACCAGGGAUAGGGUGGAGGAAAAAAUAAAAGACUUUUACAACAGCCACUGGUGGAUUAUAAUGGUUACAGCAGGCAUUGUCUAUUGUUGUAAUGUUUUUUUCUUUGUUGUUUGGUUUCUAUUGUUUGGAUUUCACAACUCAGGAAACCUUGUAGUCGAAGCGAAGCAACGGGCAUGGAUCUUACAUGUCUUCUUGGCUUCCAGAAUGAAGGCUUCUGACUCCCCGACACCACCCAGCCUUGGAAAAAAAAAAAACUUCUUCCAUAAGAACCAAUUAAGGUGCAACCAAAGCACCUGUGUUUGGUGAAAUCACACCCACCCGCGGGAAUGAAAUUUAUGAAAUGUUACGUGUUGUAAACAUAGUGCAGUCCUGCCUUGCCUUUGUCAUUUUAAAGACAUUUUGAUUUCAAAGAAUGCUAGUUGUUUCAGGGGUUGGUCAAACCAAAUAUCCCGAUGUAAGGGUGAAAAAUGUGUUGUUUUCGGUGGUAGAAAAAAUGUGGUCGACAGUACCACCACCUGGCUUCUUGAGGGAUUGCAAUAUAGCCUGUGAUUUUACUUCACGCCCCACGCCCAAAUCUCCACACACAAUUUAGCUACUUCUUCCUUUCCGCAAAUAAAUACCUUUAAUGACCAAGAAUUUAACAUAAACAUUUUUGUUGAAAAUGAAAGCAUGAAAUGUUUUGCUUUCAUCCACCAAAUUAGAGGUUGUUAGUUUAUUUCCCUCUGUCCCAGUAGCGGUGAUUUAAUUGCUUUUGGUUGAAUAUUGAAAUGCAGAGAGGUGUCUUUUGAUUGGAGGCUUUAUCACGAGGUAAUUUGAACGAAUUCUGAGGGAUUUCGUUUUUGUAAAUAGUUUUUAUUUUAUACAAACCUUUACACUGAAAUUAACAUACUUCCUACCCUACUCUUAUCAACCUUGCUUUGGCACCUUAGACCCCCCCCCCCCCCCCCCCCCCACACACACACACACACACACUUAUUAGGACGACUGUCAUUGCAUAUUUGCCCUUACAUUAACUGGGAAUUCACUUUUGACAGUAACACUAAGACAAAAAAGAAAAUAUUAAUGCCACAAAUACAUCCCCUACUGUAAGAAGCUGAAUGGUCAUUCGUGCAAAGAAGUACAACUAUAAAGACUUCAACCACCAUUGUGUGCAACUUACAAGGGUUACUUUUUCUGAUACAGUUGUCCGAUGAUCUGUGAAAGCAUGCAUACUGUACAUUUAGUUGUAGCUUUUCCAUGACAUCACCAUCAGAUUCUUAUUCACAAAUCUGCAAUGCACAUCGUGCUGAUGUAAGCUGUUUUGAAAGCUGAGGCAAUGAUGGAGCCUUUUACAGGCUCUAAGAGAUUGUUUGAUGGAAUGAAUUAGACAUGGGUUUUUUAUAUGGGGAAAUAGACUUGCAGGCAUUGUGAAUUUGAUGAACUGUAGACUGAUUGGUUUUUUUGAGGGGUGAAAGACAACAUGGAUGAGGGAUGCUACUACUAAUGAACAUUAAUACAGUCAUUGUGUUUGACAGUAAAAAAAAAAAUCAUUAAAGUCAUUCAACCUGAAA